AGCAAGUCGCAAGCAACCAUCCACAGCAAGAGAAGAGGAGCAAGCAGCGACAAAGCGAUCGACACCCGUGUCCCGCAGCAAGCUACUUCCUGGUCCCCUUCACCGCCGCCCACAACAACUUCAACGGCAGCCACGGUGAUGGCCUCCAUGGGCUCCCUCGACUUCGCCAUAGCCGGCGCGCAUGCUGGCGUACUCCCCGUCCGCGUCCCGGCGGCCGCCCUCGCGCCGCGGCGACGCGCCCUGGUCGUCAGGGCCCAGGCCGGGGACACUGAGCCAAGGGAGGAGACGAGCGCGGCGUCCUCCUCCGCUCCUCCGAGCACCCCAUUGGCGGCGCCCGCCACGCCGACGCCGAAGCCCAAGGCGGCGAGCCCCGGGCUGUGGGACGCGCUGGCGUUCAGCGGGCCGGCCCCCGAGCGCAUCAACGGGCGCCUCGCCAUGGUGGGCUUCGUGUCCGCGCUCGCCGUGGAGGCGUCCCGCGGCGGGGGCCUCCUCUCGCAGGCGGGCAGCGGGUCCGGGCUGGCCUGGUUCGCGGCCACGGCCGCCGUGCUCUCCGUGGCGUCGCUGGUGCCGGUCCUCAGGGGGGAGAGCGCCGAGGGCCGCGGCGGCGGCGUCAUGAGCGCCGACGCCGAGCUCUGGAACGGCCGCUUCGCCAUGCUCGGGCUCGUCGCGCUCGCCGUCACCGAGUACAUCACCGACGCGCCCUUCGUCAACGUGUAGAUGCCCACGGUCGCGCGUAGAGCGAGUUGGACCCCGUGUCGUGUCCAACCAUUUUCUACCUGUAACCCAGUGAGGUUCUGUACUGUCCUUGUACAUCAAUCAACUAGCUAGGAAAAUUCAACAUGUUAUUCCAAAAAUAUUGCGGGCCUCUGAUCCUACAAGGCUACAAGCUUCAUUUCGUUUCGUCCACGUUUUCGGAAAUCCAAACAGAAAAAAAUUCCAAUUUU